AUGUUACUCUCUUCUCCCGCCUCCCAAGCCGAAGGCCACCGCCAGCAACAACAGAACCGAUCCCCUAGCCCCGGCUCGAAUAUCCACAUCCACUUCUCCGCACCCUACCACAACCACCACGACUCCACUCUAACGGUCAGCACCAGUGGCAGUGGCGGCAGUGGUAUGAGCGGAUCAACAUACCACAACGGCUCCUCCUCCUUAGAGACGACUGCUGCUCUCCACAUCAACAACAACAACAGCCAUCACCACGUUCAUUACCAUCGGAGCAACUGCAGUUCUAACAACUCGUCGCCGCCGUCGUCGACUUCAAGUACCCGGAGAUUCAAUUACCGACAGCAGCAGCAGCAGCAGGACGAUCCUGCGGCCGAUAGUGGCGCUAUUACCGUCGAUGAGUACAAGGAGAUCUUGAGCGCCGAGGUCUGGAUCGAGAUCCCUAAGCUGCGAGAGUAUGCACGCCAUGGCAUCCCCCGGGAGAUUCGAGGGGAGACGUGGCUAUACCUAUUCGGGAUCCAGGAUGCAGACCGGGCCAAGGAGGUGUCGACACAGAAGCAGCGGAUUCAGGACUUUGAGCAGAUGGACAAGGAGCCCUCAGAGUCGACGAAGAGAGUGCGAGGUGAGAUCUCGCGGUAUAUGCGCAAGACACACAUUGAGUCAAGUCGGGAUAUCCCUCGGUUGUUUGAGGAGAUCAUUAGUGCGUACUGCAACCAGAACCACCAGGUCGAGUACUACCCGGCCAUGGUCAACCUCUGCGCGCCCUUUGUCUAUUCGAUUAAGCGCGAGUGGAAUGCGUAUCUCUGCUUUGAGAAGAUGAUUAACAUUCUUAAUGAGCAUUUCAGUGAUGAGAGUGUGAAUGAGGCGGUGGCAAAGUUCAUGACGCUCUUCCACACCUACAUCCCAGACCUGUACAGCUACUUUGAAGAGGAAGAAGUCAACAUUAAGGAAUGGGCAGCUUCGGCACUCCAGUUUGUGCUCUCUCGAGAAUUGACACUGGAGAACACGAUGCGGUUAUGGGACACGUAUUUCUCGAUCCCAGAUGCGGGCUGGAUUGAUUUCCACCCGUACUUUUGUCUGGCGAUUCUCAAGCAUAUGAAGGAAGGGUUUGAGGAUCUGGAGGAAUCUGAGAUCCGGACUACCUUGAUGCGUCUGCCAGCCUUGGACAUCGAUCAGAUCGUGAAUGAGGCGUUCAACAUCCGGCAUGAGAUCCUGGUGAGGCAGAUCUCGGAUGAUUCUCUUUGA